AUGCAACGCUUCCCAAUCUUCCUCUUCUUGACUCUCCUCGUCCUAGUCUUCGCUGUCAGCGCAAGAAGCCGCGAUGAUGAUGAUGAUGACGAUGAAGACAACUACUAUCCCAGCGCCCCCUAUGGUGGUUACGGUCCCAAUGGACAAGGAGGCUGGGUUGACGAGUACGGCCAUUGGCACUCUGGCGCUAGUACUCAAACCAUUGUCAAAGGCGCUCUAGCUGUCCCUGCAGCCAUUGCGAUCGGAUUCAUGGCACUUUAA